AGAUCAUGGUUCACAGCCUUUUUAACCCCACUCAACAAACCCUGUAUGCUUUUCCUAAUUUAGUUAGUAAAGAGAUUUUAAAGGUCUUAGAAUCACACACUUUUAAAGAUAAAAAAUAUCUCUUUACUUAUGAAAAAAGAACUAGAGGAUGGAGAUUAAAAGAGAUGGAGGAGAUUAAGGAAGAACAAGAAGACUACUCUUUUCCACCGCCAGAAGAAUUAAUCAGAAUCAGAAAAAAAUUAUCCGAUCCUAAAUAUGACUAA